CCGGGGAUGAUGAAGAAUUGUAUACACUGCACAGAGUCUCUCCCUUACUACUGUAACAUGCAAUUAAUCAUCGCCAGCUGACGCUUCAUAGCAGCUUACCACACUGCCAAAGGUAUAUAAGCCGCCAUGAUGCCUGCGCUAUGAGCCCGAAAUCAUUACAUUCAUCCACACCCAACCAACCCCUUCCAACCCCCUUUCCAUCGAAGAAAGCAGCACCAAUGUCGCAAACAGUCAUCCGCCUCGACGGCGAGCGGACCUCCGUCCGGAACCUCAAAGCCUUCCAGGAACCCAUCCCAUCGCCCUCGAAGCACGAGGUUCUGAUCCGGGUGCACAGCGUCUCGCUGAACUUCCGCGACAUCGCGGUGGCCACCUCGCAGUACCCGUUCCCCGUGAAGGAGCGCGUGGUGCCGUGCUCCGACGCCGCGGGAACAGUCGUCCAAGUAGGCGAAGGAGUCAAGAAGUUCGCGCCGGAGGAUCGGGUCAUCGCCACCUUCGACCCGACCAAUCUGUACGGGCAGCAGGAGAACUGGGAGAACGGGCAGGGGGCACCGAUCGACGGCGUGCUGCGCGAGUACAUCAGCGUCCCCGCUGCGGCGGUGGUCAAGCUCCCCAAGAGUACGCCCCAGAGCUUCUCGGAGUGGUCGACCCUGGUGUGUACCGGGGUGACGGUGUGGAAUGCGCUCUAUGGCAAUCGGUUGGGCUGGGCUGGGCUGGGCUACAUAGGUACGGGAGGCGUCUCCAUCACCGGUGUGAUUCUAGCCAAAGCCGCUGGCGCGACAACGAUCAUCACCUCGUCCAGUGACGAGAAGCUCGAGAUGGUCAAGUCGAAGUUCGGCGCCGACCACGGCAUCAACUACAAGACGCGCCCCGAGUGGUCCCAGGAGGUGCUGCGGCUCACGAACGGGAAGGGAGUGGACUACAUCCUGGAGAAUGGUGGCUCCGGUACCAUCGCGGAGAGCUUGAACGCCGUGAAGAUGGGUGGGAAUAUCUCGGUCAUCGGCUUCCUGUCGCAGGCUAAGCAGUCUGAGAUGCCGGAUGUUGCGAGCUUGGCGCUGGCGAAGGGUGCGGUCGUGCGCGGCAUCACGGUUGGCUCGACUCAGCUUCUGGAGGAGGUCGUGCAGUUUGUGGCCCAGAAGGGACUUCGUCUGCCCGUGGAGAAGGAGUUUAGGUUCACUCAGAAAGAGGUGGUUAACGCGUACGAGUACAUGGCAUCUGGGUCGCACAUUGGCAAGGUGUGCAUCAAGCUUGUUGACUAGGUUCUAGUUUGGAGAACUGGGCUUGUGGGGGUAUCAUCGAUGAUGCGUGGACAGCUAUGGAUAUGCAUUUGAGAAUUAGAAAAGAUCCAACAGACUCAGCACUAAUAACUUGAAGUGGUUGUUUGCAUGUAACAAGAACAAGAGCAAUGUAAUUGUAGGAGUUGUAGGAGUUGAU